GCGGUCCCCCAGUGUUUCCUUAGCGUCCGCAAUCCCGUAAUAUAAAAAGAAGCGUACUUUUCGAAAGUAAAUUACUAGUUUCCUCCAAGUGGACACAACAAAACCCUCAACAAAAAUAAAGUGCGUGAUACUUAUGAAAAUUAUGGGCGACCAAAAAGGUUUUUCAACAAAUAUCAAAGUCUAUGCUGCGGUCGUGACUCUACUAAGCUGUUGCAGCCCAGCGUCAAGUUUCCUCUUUCCUCGUGUCACUCGUACAAGUGAUGCCACCAUCAUCGAUUAUACUGGCGUGGGAUAUGCUCCCUUGCUGCACCAAGGCAAGAACUAUGAUGGAGACAUUGCUAAUUCCAAAGGAUUCAUUCCGGUGUCGUCAUUCAAUCCUUACGCAAUGACAUAUCGCCAGCCGCAGCCAAUAAUGUUCAAUGAAUGGCCUUAUUCAUACGGACAGCAAAGUCUGAUCAUUCCUGCAGCAGGUGUCCUACCUCAUAGGCAGCUUGCCGACGUUCGUGAGCAGCAAAGGGUAAACCAAUUAGACAUAGGCCUAAAACAAGGUAUCACGGCAGCAACGACGACGAUACCACCAACUCCAGCGAUUCAGUGCGGCCUUGGACCAGCCACCAUGCCCGCAGCACGAUCAUCGAUCAGUGAAAGACUCGCAGGCGGAGUAAAUGCCAAAAAGAACGCUUGGCCUUUCACGGUAUUAGUUGCCAUUAGUAUUGGACUUGGCCAGCAACCGUGUUCUGGAGUUUUGAUUAGUGACACCAAAGUGCUAUUAGCAGCUCAGUGCCUGGAACGAUUGCCUUUAUUUUACACGAUGCUCAUAACCGUUUCGGUUGGGAUGCAUUCAAUAAACCCGUUCGACGCCCCAAUGACGAGGAGAGUCAGUAAUAUUGUUCUUCACGGCCAAUUCAAUGCUGCCACCUUUGCCAAUGAUAUAGCCAUCAUUACUUUGGACGCGCCUGUGGUUUUAUCCAGGACAGUUGCACCUGUUUGUUUGCCACCUGCCAGUGCAGACCCCGACCAAUACGUCGACCAAGAUGCGAUUGUUUUGGGGUGGGAUGCAAGCAAUGUUUUGCAACAAGGCAAAGCGCAGAUUGCGUUGAAUCAAGAUUGCAAGAAUUUACAAAGCAUAUCACAAUAUGUUUCAGAAACAACCCUCUGCCUUAGUUCUACUAGCGUUUUCACAUGCAUCGGCGACAUUGGAGGUCCAGUGGUUAUCAAAUCUUCGACAGGGGCUUGGACCGUAGUUGGAAUCAAUAGCUAUACCCCUGCAGAAUGCACUUCAAAUGGCCUCAAAACCAGGGUGUCCGCGUUCCGUGCGUGGAUUGAUAAAUACAUGAAAUGAAAAAAAGAACCAAAGGGUUGUAAUGACGACAACCAAUAUAUGAAAUUUGAGGUCGA